AUGGUGGACUCGGCGGCCGCCGUUGCGGCCCUCCCCGACGGUCAGACCGCCCGCUUCGCUGCCGGCGCGGCGCUUCUCCGCAAGCCGCCCAUGCCCGAGCGAGGCCCGGCUGCCGCCAUACUGGCCCUCCCCGACGCCCUUCUCACGGCUUCCUUUGUCAAGGGCUUCCUCCAGCCCGCCAACGAUGCGGUGCGGAGCCUCACCCUGCGCCGCGUCUCCUCGGUUCGCCUCGCCGACUUCCCUGGCCUGCGGGAGGUUGAUGCCAGCGGGGCGGAAGACUGGUCGGAGAGCUGGCUGGAUGAGCUGGCGGGGCAGGCCCCGCUGCUGGAGAGCCUGAAGCUGGGCGGCCCGCUGACGCUCGUGGGCGCCGAGUCGCUGGGCCGCCUGCGCCGCCUGCAGCGCCUCGACUUGGCCGGGCCGCUGCCCGACGGUGUGCUGCAGCGCCUGCCCGCGCUGCGCGGCAGCCUGCGCAGCGUGUCGCUGCGCGAGUGCUGCGCUGCCAGCGGCGCCUCGCUGGCGCUGGCUGUGGGCAGCCUGGCGCUGCUGGAGGAGGCAGACCUCAGCAUGUGCUCCCAGCUGGGCGACUCCGCGCUGGAGCAGCUGGCAGCGGGCUGCCCCGGCCUCACCAAGCUGGACCUCACCGGCUGCGAGCUCUACACCGAGGCGGGGCUGCGCCACCUGGCACGCCUGCCGCUGCGCACGCUGCUCAUGUCGGCCUGCUGCCAGCUGACCGACGGCUGCCUGGCGGCGGUGGCGGAGGGCAUGACGCUGCUGCGCUGCCUGGGGCUGUUUGAGGCGGGCGAGGGGGUGGCGGAUGAGGGGCUGGCGUCGCUGGCGCGCCUGAGCGGCAGCCUCACAGCCCUGGAUAUGGGCUACAGCUGCUGGUCGCACACGGCAGACGGGCUGGCCGCCAUCUUUCCCAAGCUUUCCAACCUGCAGAUGCUGAACAUUGGCGGGUGCGAAGGCACCACCGACGCGGUGGUGGGCGCCGUGGCGCAGCACUGCCGCCAGCUGACGAUGCUGGACAUCAGCGAGAGCCAGCGGAUGACGGCGGCCGGCGUGCGGCAGCUGGCACAGCUGCCGUGCCUGCUCGAACUGAACCUGGGCUGGAACAUCCGGCUCAGGGAUGAGUCGCUGGAGGCGCUGCCGCCCUCCAUCACAAAGCUGGACCUCAGCUUCUGUGGUGAGCUGACAGACCGUGCGCUGGCCCACGCCGCUCGCCUGCCGCGCCUGGCCAGCUGCAUCGUACGCAAGUGCAACCGCUUGAGCGACGAGGGUCUGCGCGCUUUGGGACGUUGCGCCUCGCUGGAGCACCUGGACCUCAGCUACUCAUCCGUGACGGCCGCGGGCCUGGCGCACCUGCGCCCGCUGCGCCGCCUGUCCAGCCUGGUGCUGGUGGACUGCCUGCGCGCGGUGCACCCUCCCUGCAUGAUGCUGCUCACCGAGCUGCCCGCGCUGCGGGCGCUGGACGCCUCCAACAACAAGCGCCUGGACGACGGCUGCUUGCAGGCCCUGAGCCACGCGUCCCAGCUGACAGCGCUGAGCCUGAACAGCUGCGGCAAGGUGACCGAGCGCGGGCUGAUGGCGCUGGUGCGCUGCCCCAGCCUGCGCCACCUGAGCGUCGACCGCUGCCCGCAGCUGGGCGGCGGCGCUCUGCGCCUCCUGCAGCGCCGCCUGGUGCUGCUGCGCCUGGCGCGGCGCGCCGGCGGCCCUGCUGCGGCGAUGCCCGCAGCCAUCCAGGGGUACUGA